AUGGAGGUGAGAAAAGGUACUGGAUAUGGUGCAUCAGAGGCACCGGGGUACAGUGUCACCGUGUCUGCACACCGAGGUCCAUGUGGUGGUAAUCAAUACUGUCAUACUGAGCGUAUGUCUGUACACCAAUGGUACCGAUGGUACGGUAAAUGUGGUAGGCGUGGAUACCACUGUGGCCAAAGUAGGUAUCUCUACAGAGCUAUCGAAUUUGAGAGCCCGAUGCUCCCGCUGCAUCCCGAGUCUGCAGGCUCACUGCCAAAACUAUGGGCACCAAAAUGGAAUUUUGUGGAACGAAAGGGAGCGUCGUGGUUUGAGCAUCAAAAUCACCCCCACUUGCGAAGGCAGUCUCAGUCUCACACUGAAACAUCGCCGGCCAUUUCGCCAGAAUCGCCGGUCGCCGCCACCAAUCAAGCCAUCCCCUUCAACCCGAUUCCUAUCUUUGCUUCUGCCCCCGCUAAUAUGGAUUACGAGCGCAUCCACAAGCCCUUUCCCUCUCAGAGCGGUGGAUUCUCCCCGGCCCGACUGAGGGCGAUGCUUCUUGGCGUGGAGAAAAAGAGGAAGGAAGAGGAAGAGAUGGUAACGAAGUUCUCCUUGAGGUCUGAUCUCCCGGAGUGCGAUGACAGACGAACCAGUACGGCCGAGAGUUGUAAGGAUGUAGAGUGUUCCAUCUUCAUGGACACUGCAGGUGGUCAUAGAGCACGGGACUAUGCAUCAGGGACGGCAAGGACUAGGGUCCAAGAGGAGGAUGGCUUGGAUCCGGAGAGUAUCUCCUCUGGGUUUGAGUUCCAGAGGGCAGAACGAGCGCCGCCACAUCGUAUGGUUUCAAUGUCAACGUUGAUGGCUCCCUUCUCGAAGCCAGCACCCUCGAAGUGGGAUGAUGCGCAGAAGUGGAUCGCAAGCCCGACAUCGAAUCGAGUCGGCGGUAAAGGCAAUGGAGGGCAGAUGAGGAAAGGUGGAUUGGUGGCUCACGGGAGCCGCCAUGGGAUGACAAAGGUUGUUUUUGAGGUCGAGGAAGCAGAUACAAAGAGAGUGGAUGGAUGCCAAGCAAAAAAGGACUCAGGUGGAAUUGAGAAUGUGAAUUGGGUGGCAAAUCCUUGUUGUAUCAUGGAUACUGUAGGUAAGCCUCCUACAAUAAUGGAGGAUCCUGUUGCUGAGGUUGCUGUCAAUCUUAGUCAGCAUGACCCAUUGAUGUCCGUCCAAGGUACCACAACAUUUGUUGCUCCUGCACCCACAAUUAGGUCUGUAUCCAUGAGAGACAUGGGUACUGAAAUGACACCAAUUCCUAGUCAAGAUCCAUCUCGGACAGGAACUCCUGUCAGAGAAACCUCACCUUUGCACAGCCCAACUUCUUCACUACCAUCAACACCACGAAGCUCUGCGGCAUCAACAGCAGAAGUCCAAAUUGCUCCAAUUGCUCGUCAUGAUGAUUCAAACAAGAAGGAAUUGUCUGAAAAGGAGCUGUUAAAGAAAACAAGGCGAGAAAUUCUAGUUCUUGGCCAACAACUAGGUAAGACAAAUAUUACAGCUUGGGCCAGUAAGGAAGUGGAGGAAACUGUUGCAUCUGUUUCUCUGGAAACUUUACCUCUAGAAAAGUCUACUAGAAAUGUCAUUGAAGCCCGAGCUGCUGCCUGGGAGGAGGCCGAGAGAUCCAAGUAUCUAGCUAGGUUUAAACGUGAAGAGAUCAAAAUCCAAGCCUGGGAAAAUCAUCAGAAAGCCAAAACUGAAGCUGAAAUGAGGAAAAUUGAGGUUAAGGUAGAGAGAAUGAGGGCUCGUGCACACGAGAGGGUGAUGAACAAACUAGCAACAUCGCAGCACAAAGCUGAGGAGAUGCGCACCGCGGCAGAAGCCAGAAGAAAUCGUCAAGCUGCUAAAAUUGCUCAGCAAGCUGAGUACAUCAGAAGAACUGGAAGAGUUCCAUCAUCAUUUUUCUUCUGGAGCUGCUGCACAUAGUUGCUUUUGCUCGAGUGGUAGUGUAUUCUUAUGUAAAGAAGAAAAGUUUUCAUGUGUGCAGAGAUUAUUUCUAUCACUUUUACAAUUCCAGCUAUUCUCUACAGCAGCUUUUCUGCAUUUGCCAUCGCAUGUAAACUUUUUAUCUCAAGAAGCCUGUGGACUUUUCUGACAAA